CGUAAAAUUCCCUUUCUACCCCCUGAUCCAAUAAUUUUCCACCAACAAGUACGGUACACGGUAUCAACCACAAACCCCCCACCUCCACCUCACCAAUAAUUCCUAGAAGGGACACAGACUCCACAAUAGCCGGCCAAAACCAUUGGACCAGCGCAUCGGGCUCCAACGGCCACUAAUAACGCAGAGUUUGUGCAAAGAAGAAGAAAAAAGAGAGCGAGAUAAAAAAAAACCGUUCAAUCAGCCAAGCUUGCGGACCGACGUGGGGCUUUCACUCUUGGUUUUUAUUUUUCCUCCUGGUCAUUUCCUGGCUAGACAAACAUUCGCUCCCCAUUAAUAACAUUCCCCUCCGCUGGCCCAAACAACCCCGCAACAUAAACCUUUUCCCCCAAAACAAAAACACCGAACCUAUCUCUCAACACGAAGAUCCCUUGUUAUUUUUGGCCAGCAAUGAACUCGCCAAAGUCGGAUACUAGCCUACGCAAUAUAGCCGAGAAGAUCAAGGAUGUAUCUAUCUCUGGGGAAGCGAAUAGGAUCGUUGUUGGUGUGGACUUUGGCACAACUUAUAGCGGGGUGGCCUGGGGUUAUACUGGAUCGCCGAGCGAGAUACACGUUAUUCAGAGCUGGCCUGGUGGAAUGAACCUGACUUCCCCGAAAGUCCCAUCGAAGAUUGCCUACGAAAAGGACGGAAUAAAAUGGGGUUUUCAAGUGAAGCCUUUUCAAAAUUGCAUCGAGUGUUUCAAGCUAUGCCUAGAUCCCAACUUGCGUCCCCCGGACUUUGUCUCCUUGCCCAAUAUCUAUGCGCAGCUCAGACAGCAUGAUAAAGUCGUGCAGGAUGUCGUUCGGGAUUACUUGCAGAUGCUAUACGAUCACACCAUCACUACGCUGACACGAGCGCUCGGAAGUACGUUUGUGGAUAACACUAGGAUCGAGUUUAUUCUUACAUGCCCGGCGGUGUGGAGUGACCGGUCGAAAAAUGCGACGCUCCAGGCGGCGGAGGGGACGGGCAUGGCCAAGUCGUGCAAGAUUAGACUGAUCUCGGAACCGGAAGCUGCGGCUAUAUACACACUAAAGACCAUGCAGCCUAAGAACCUGCAGGUUACGGAUGAUUCUUGUUUUGUGGUUUGUGACGCCGGGGGUGGCACUGUGGAUUUGAUUUCGUAUGAAAUCCUCCAAACAGACCCGCUGCAGGUUAAGGAGAGUGUCACUGGGACAGGUGAGCUAUGUGGCUCUGCAUUCUUGAACCGCCGGUUCGAGAGCUUCGUUAAGGAGCGAUUGGGUUCUGCGGCAUACUAUGCGAUGAAAGAGAAGACAAAGAUUGCUGCUCUGAAAUCAUGGGAGGAAUAUGUAAAGAGGGUGUUUGUUGAUGGAGAAGACCAAGAUGUGUUCCCAAUCCAAUUUCCGGGAUUACCAGACGAUGAAGCUCGAGGAAUUGAUUGCGGGUUUAUGACGGUCACCAGGGAGGAAGUCCAAGCCAUAUUUGAGCCUGUCAUCCAGGAGGUUGUGAGACUGGUUGAUGGCCAGAUCACCGCUGUGCAAUCUAAGGGGAGACAAGUAAAGAGCAUUCUACUUGUUGGCGGUUUCGGUUCAUCGGAAUACCUUUUCAUGCGCCUGAAGAAUAAGUAUGCCGAUAUCCUGUCAACAAAGGACAACCCGGAUGUGGUACUUCAACCCGUCGACUCGUGGACUGCUGUGGUCCGCGGCGCGGUUAUCCGUGGAAUGGAGACAAUUGUGCAAACCCGUAAAUCGCGGUACCACUACGGCGUUAAGUACUGGGAGUACUUUGAUGAAAACAUUCAUUCCGAAGAACACAAGUACUGGGACACCACACGGGAGAAAUGGCUCGCGGAGAACCAGAUUAAAUGGUACAUUGCAAAGGGAACGGAGAUGUCUGAAGACGAGAGUAUCUCUUUCCCGUUCUAUAUUACCUUCGAAGACCAUCAUAGCAGGGUGCUCGUGGACGAAUUGGUUUGCUGUCAGGAGACUUUCCCGCCAAAAUCUAUUGACUCUACCGUCACAACUGUCUGCAAACUCCGCUCAGACCUAACCACAGUGCCCAAGUCCCUCUACACAAAAGGCCGCAACAGCAAGGACGUAGAAUAUGAAGGGCUGCAUUUCACAAUGGAAAUGUCAGUCCUGAGUGCAGCACUUCUCUUCGAGCUGAGAGUCGACGGCGUCCGCUAUGGUGAAGUUACCGCCGACUUUGCCACUUGAUGCUCGCCGGUCUGGAGUGGGUUGGUUGUGUUAUAGAGCUUGGAGCGCGGUGUUUGUCAACCAUGGGGAGUUUUUUUUAUUUGUUUUAUUUUAUAUCUUUCUUUCCUCGCUGCUUUCUUUCGCUAUGUCGUUGGCUCUGAUUUUAAGAUCACUCACUAUCUGCGGAGGUAAUUUUUUUUAUGGGAUUGCCCCAGGGGGCGGAGGGGAGGAUUUGGUCACUCCUUUGGAGCAACUGUUUGGGUGGAUGUUCCCUGCGCAAUGGGUUUGCUAUGCUUCCUCGUACGUUAGUAAAGUUCCUGAUGGGGGAUAUCGUGGAUUUGUGAACUACCGGCGAUUUAUUAGUGAUGCCAUCCAUGGGUUUUCGUCAUGGUUUCGGGAGUGCUUUUUUGCCUUGCGGUCAAUAAUGUUUCAGUGAUUGUUUGAGUAGCGAGGGUUGGUUAUGAAGCGCAUGGCUGGGUUUUUAUAAUAGUAUGAUAUUUUAUAGUU